GCGAGGCGCUGACGUGAGUUCGGCGCACCUGGGUUGGGCAGGUAAGGGCCGGUGCGGGUCGCGGAGCCGAGCUCCAAGACUCUACCUGCGCAAAGCCAGGUGUGCUUGCCGGACCGAUCAAGGAGAGCGGUGGCGACGGGGGAUCUUAACUGGGGACGUGGUCCGCUUCUUGUCGCCGGACUGAGAAAAGAGUCUUUGGCCAGCACAGAGGAAGGAGAGCUGACUCGAGGCCCAGCUCUUUAGAUCCCCGUGGAUACACUGCCCGCUCAUCUCUAUCAUGGCCCUCCACCCCCGCAGAGUUCGGCUGAAGCCCUGGCUGGUGGCCCAGGUGGAUAGUGGCCUGUACCCUGGGCUCAUCUGGCUACACAGGGACUCCAAACGCUUCCAGAUUCCCUGGAAACAUGCCACCCGGCAUAGCCCCCAACAAGAGGAGGAAAAUACCAUUUUCAAGGCCUGGGCUGUGGAGACAGGGAAAUACCAGGAAGGGGUGGAUGACCCUGACCCAGCUAAAUGGAAGGCCCAGCUCCGCUGUGCUCUCAACAAGAGCAGGGAAUUCAACCUGAUGUACGAUGGCACCAAGGAGGUACCCAUGAACCCGGUGAAGAUAUACCAAGUGUGUGACAUCCCGCAGCCUCAGGGAUCAAUCAUUAACCCAGGAUCCACUGGGUCUGCUCCUUGGGAUGAGAAGGAUAAUGAUGUAGAUGAAGAAGAUGAAGAAGAUGAGCUUGAUCAGUCACAGCACCAUGUUCCCAUCCAGGACACUUUCCCCUUCCUGAACAUCAAUGGUUCUCCCAUGGCACCAGCCAAUGUGGGCGACUGCAGCCCUGAAGCAGUGUGGCCCAAAACUGAGCCUCUGGAAAUAGAUGUACCCCAGGCACCUAUACAGCCCUUUUAUAGCUCUCCAGAGCUGUGGAUCAGCUCUCUCCCAAUGACUGACUUGGACAUCAAGUUUCAGUACCGUGGGAAGGAAUAUGGGCAGACCAUGACCGUGAGCAACCCCCAGGGCUGCCGGCUCUUCUAUGGGGACCUGGGUCCCAUGCCUGACCAAGAGGAACUCUUUGGUCCUGUCAGUCUGGAGCAGGUGAAGUUCCCAGGUCCAGAGCACAUCACCAAUGAGAAGCAGAAGCUGUUCACCAGUAAGCUGCUAGAUGUCAUGGACAGAGGACUGAUCCUGGAGGUCAGCGGUCAUGCCAUUUAUGCCAUCAGGCUGUGCCAGUGCAAAGUGUACUGGUCUGGGCCAUGUGCCCCAUCGCUUGUUGCCCCCAACCUGAUUGAGAGACAAAAGAAGGUCAAACUAUUUUGCCUGGAAACGUUCCUUAGUGAUCUCAUUGCCCACCAGAAAGGACAGAUAGAGAAGCAGCCACCAUUUGAGAUCUACUUAUGCUUUGGGGAAGAAUGGCCAGAUGGGAAACCCCUGGAAAGGAAACUCAUCUUGGUUCAGGUCAUUCCAGUGGUAGCUCGGAUGAUCUACGAGAUGUUUUCUGGUGAUUUUACACGGUCCUUUGACAGUGGCAGUGUCCGCCUGCAGAUCUCAACUCCAGACAUCAAAGAUAACAUCGUUGCUCAACUGAAGCAGCUGUACCGCAUCCUCCAAACCCAAGAAAGCUGGCAGCCCAUGCAGCCCGCCCCCAGCAUGCAACUCCCCCCUGCCCUGCCAGCCCAGUAAUCAUGAAUGCCAUCUUUUUUUUUUUUUUUUACAAUAUUGUACAUAGCGGUAUUUUUUAUUAUUCAGAUUUACCCAGCUUUUGAACCUCUUCUUUCUAACAAUGUUAGUGGCCUUCAGUUCUCCACAGUAUGCCUGGCUUUUAAAGUUGAUUUAAUUUAUGGAAAAAAAUCACCUUUCAUAUUCCCCCUUUCUUUUUGAAACCUCCCAGUGUUAGUGUAAUGUAGUAGAGGGAGAUUUGGCCUGGGACUUUGGACACCAGCAUUCUAGCUGCAGCUCUGCUUCAGUGACCUUGAACUACCAACUCAUUUAACCUCUAGGCUUCAGAUUCAUUCUUGUAAAACGAAGGGGUUGGAACAGUGCCUGAAAUAAUGCCAGUUAAAACUCUGACAGGAUGACUUCAUUCUACUUGUACAAGGCCUGGAAUAGAACCCUUCUGCAUUGUUCUUGCACCACAUUUUUUUCUUGCUUUCAUUAAAGUUCCCUCAAGCACUGAUUUGUCCAA